ACAAGUUUGGAAGCAAUGCAAAGCUUUGAAGUGAGACCGGACGAUGUGUGGAUUUGUACCUACUCUAAAUCGGGCACAGCAUGGAUAAUUGAGAUAGUUUGGAAAAUAUUAUCUGCUAGCGGCGACAUAAAAGGAGACGAACCAUUAGAUAAGGCACCAUACCCAGACUUUCAUGUCUUUGGACCUGUACCGAAUCAUGAAAUGUUAACAAAGGCGCCGUCACCACGCUUAAUAGCCACGCAUUUACUACCUAAGUUUUUGCCACCACAGUUGUUGGAAAAACAACCAAAGGUUCUGUACGUGGCACGAAAUCCCAAGGAUGUUGCUGUGUCGAACUACCAUCACUGCAACACGCUUCCGAAUAUUAAAUCAUUUGACUCAUUCCAGGACUUACUCAAUGACUUCAUGAGUGGUGAAAUUAUUUUUGGUGAAUGGCCAGAUCAUGUACUUUACUGGUGGAAGAAAAGAGACGAAGACAAUGUACUCUUUUCAAAAUAUGAAGACAUGAAGAAGGAUCUGGUAGGUACAGUUCGGAUGGUUUGCAAGUUUCUUGGAAAGAGUCUGACUGAUGAACAAAUUAACUCCGUGGCACAGCAAUGUACGUUUGAUGCUAUGAAGAAAAACAAGACACGUGACAACCUUUGUGUUAUUGCAGGAAUAGAUCCUAAGGACACACCCUUUAUGAGGAAAGGUAAAGUUGGUGGGUGGAAAGGAAGUUUUACAGUAGCACAGAGUGAAAAGAUGGAUAAAUGGUACCAUGAAGCCAUUGAUGGCACAGAGUUGUCAUUUGAAUUUUAAUGCAACACAAUACGGCG